AUGAGAUUUCACUAUUCAAUGCCUGCAAUCGUUAACUCCUUGCAAGAUUCAGUACCGGAUAGGGUAAAAUUUCGUCGGUCUGACACUGAAGAUUUUUUGAUUGAACGGAAAGCUGGUGCCUCGAGUGAAUGUAAAUACUUUUUAUUUUCUUUAAAAUCCUAACUAAUUCCCCUCCUUUAAAAAACUCAUUAAAUAAAUUUAUUUCACAUCCAGGCACAUUAUAGAGGAUUUUACGAGUAUUUAUUUUCCCCCAUCUGCCAUCCAACUACUU